CACCGGUCACGAGAUGGUUCCCAAUCUGGUUGCUCUCUUUUACUGCGGAACGAUCAUCGGCUGCAUUCUGCCUCACAUCAAAGCGGACAGUAUUGUAAUGGUCGCGAAACGGUACAGCAACAGUUCCUACUCGUGCUACGCGCGCCAUACACGCGACGGCCUGGAGUAUCACCUAACCUACAGCGUUUGCGUAAUGGCACCAGUGAACGGAGUGCAGGAGGGCGCAACCCCCAGCCAGUGUGUCCAUUACGAGUGUUCCAUCACCAGCACCCACUUGAUGGCUGACGAUGGUCAGCUGAGAUGCAAUCGCUCCGACGCAAACGCAGCCCCACCAACCGUUCGCUUUGAUCCUCUGGACGCGCUCCGGGAACAGCCAUCUUUCGAGUCACGGUUCUUUCGAGAGCCAUCGUUUACGCUUCCGGUGAGCCAUCGGCGUGCGAAACGGGACUUCAAUUGGGUUACGUUUUUGGAAAAGUUCUCGUUCAUGGGUCGCCACCAGAGCACGGUCAGUAAAAACAACGAGGCGUACUUUCACUACAAUUUCAUGAACAAACCGUCGGGAGGCGGACGGCCGACCGGGGAGAGUCCCGUAGUUACUACACCUGCCCCAUCCCCCAUACCAACAACCGGAGCGCCAGGCUCUGUUCUUUAAUUACUUCAAAUUUUCGCUUCUGAGUAGUGGUUUGUGAAACUAUAAAGUAUUCCUUGCAAAGUUCUUGAUGUUCAUCUUAACACAUUAACCAAAUUUUUAAUAACGCCAAGAUUGCAAU